CUUGGCGUGUGGCAGACGAAGCAACUCACAUGGCCGCCGAACUCACGAGCCUGCGCAAGGCCCGCGCCGACAGCCGCGUCCUGACCUUCACGAGCAUGGCCCAUUACGUCGAGGAGAUGCACGGCAAGCGGCCGGUCACGAAGAUGCUCAUCGCCAACAACGGUAUCUCGGCGGUCAAGGCCAUCCGCUCGAUCCGCAAGUGGGCGUACGAGACGUUCGGGAACGAGCGCAUGGUACAGUUCGUCGUCAUGGCGACGCCCGAAGACCUGCGCGCCAACGCUGAGUACAUCCGCAUGGCCGAGCACGUGGUCGAGGUGCCCGGCGGCUCCAACAACAACAACUACGCCAACGUCAUGCUCAUCGUCGAGCUCGCCGAGCGCUUUGAGGUCGACGCCGUCUGGGCCGGGUGGGGCCAUGCCAGUGAGAACCCGCUCUUGCCCGACAGCCUCGAGAAGACCGCGCGUAAGAUCCUCUUUGUCGGGCCCUCGGGCAAGCCGAUGCGCGCGCUCGGCGACAAGAUCGGGUCGACGAUCAUUGCGCAGAGCGCGCAUGUCCCGACCAUCUCGUGGAACGGCGAUGGCAUCACAGUCAACUACAAGGCGCUCAACUCGAUCCCGGACGAGGUGUACGCGUCGGCGUCGAUCAAGGACGUCGACCACUGCGUCGAGCAGUGCGCGCGCAUUGGGUUCCCCGUCAUGAUCAAGGCCAGCGAGGGCGGCGGCGGCAAAGGUAUCCGCAAGAUCACGCGCCCCGAAGACGUGGUCGCUGGCUACACGGCCGUGCAGGGCGAGAUUCCUGGCUCGCCGAUCUUUGUCAUGAAGCUCGCGCCCAAGUCGCGCCACCUCGAAGUCCAGCUGCUCGCGGACGAGUACGGCAACGCGAUCGCGCUCUCGGGCCGCGACUGCUCGGUGCAGCGCCGCCACCAAAAGAUCAUUGAAGAAGGCCCCGUGCUUGCGCCGACCGAGGCGGUCUGGGACGAGAUGAUGCUCGCGGCGACGCGGCUCGCCAAGGAGGUCGACUACGUGAACGCGGGUACGGUCGAGUACCUCUUCACCGAGACGCCGGACGCGGAUGGCAACAACUUUUUCUUCCUCGAGCUCAACCCGCGUCUCCAGGUCGAGCACCCCGUGACGGAGAUGAUCACGGGCGUCAACCUCCCGGCGUGCCAGCUGCAAGUGGCCAUGGGCAUUCCGCUGCACAUGAUCCCGGACGUCCGCCGUCUCUACAACAAGGACUCGCACGGCAAGUCGGUCAUCGAUUUCGAGAAGGAGAAGCAGCUGCCGCCGCACGGCCACGUCAUCGCCGCGCGUAUCACCGCCGAGGACCCGAACGCGGGCUUCCAGCCAACGUCCGGCGCGAUCGAAGAGCUCAACUUUCGGUCGACGCCCGACGUGUGGGGCUAUUUCUCGGUCGACUCGUCGGGCCGCGUCCAUGAGUACGCCGACUCGCAGAUCGGCCACUUGUUCUCGUGGAGCACGUCGCGGGAGCGCGCGCGCAAGAACCUCGUGCUCGCCCUGAAGGAGCUCUCGAUCCGCGGUGAGAUCAACACGACGGUCGAGUACCUCGUGCAGAUGAUUGAAGCCGACGACUUCAAGGCCAACCGCAUCUCGACGUCGUGGCUCGACGAGCGCAUUGCGCGCCAUAAGGAAGUGAGCUUGCAGGGCCGUCCGGACACGCUCAUGGUCGUCCUCGUCGGCGCCAUGUGCCUGGCCUACCAAGCCUCGGCGGCGCGCAUGGAGGCGUACGUCGCCCAGCUCGAGCGCGGUCAGAUUCCCGCGCCCGAGCUCUUGACGCAAGAAGACGCGCUCGAGCUCAUUUACGAAGGCGUCAAGUACCAGAUCCACGCGGCGCGGUCUGGGUCGAUCACGUUCACCUUGAGCUGCAACGACUCGUACGUUCAAGCCAACAUCCGGACGCUCUCGGACGGCGGCUUCCUCGUGCUUCUGAACGGCAAGAGCCACGUGGCGUACGCGACGAAGGAAGCGCAGGGCCUUCGCCUCAUCGUCGACGGCAACACGUGCGUCUUCACCAACGAGUACGACCCGACGCGCCUCGUGACGAACGCGGCCGGGAAGCUCGCGCGGUACCUCACCAAGGACGGCGCCAAGCUGCGCCGAGGCACGCCGUACGCCGAAGUCGAAGUCAUGAAGAUGUACAUGCCGCUGCUGACGCCCGAGGACGGUGUCGUGCGGCAUGUGAAGCCCGAAGGCUCGGUGCUCGCGCCCGGCGACCUCAUUGCGACCAUGGAGUUGGACGAUCCGUCGUGCGUCAAGCUCUCCGACAUCUUCCGCGGGAAGCUCCCGGCCUUCUCCAACGACCCGGACUUGGCGAGCGCCAAGUCCAUCUUCGUACUGAAGAAGGCCAUGGAGGUCGUCGGCACGCUCCUGGAAGGCUAUGUGGUGCCGCAGGACCUCGUCGCCAAGGCGCUCGCCGACCUCUUUAGCGCGCUGGACGACCCGCUCCUGCCGGUCGACGAGCUCGGCGAAGUGCUCUCGUCGCUCGCGGGCCGCAUGCCCGGCGCCGUCUACGACGACAUUUUCGCGCUCAAGACGGCGUUCCGCGCGUCCAACAAGGCGGUGCCGUUCAACAUGGCGGCCGUCGUCGCGAUCCUCGAUGCGUUCAAGGCCAAGCUGCCGUCGCACGCAGAGGCCAACGCGUUUGACGCCAAGGUCGCGCCGCUCCGCGACGUCAUGGCCAAGUACACGGCGGGCCUCAAGUCGCGCCGCGAGCAUGCGAUCCACGAGCUCAUCGCCAAGUACUUUACGGUCGAAGCCGCGUACGCGGGCGCGGGCAACAUGGAAGACAUUGUCAUGGCGCUGCGCAAGGCGCACAUGGACAACCUCGGGUCGGUGUUUGGCAUUGCCCGCGCGCACCUCGCGAUCGACCGCCGGUCGCGCUGCCUCCUCGACAUUCUGCAGCACAUCCACGAAGGCGCGAAAGACUCGCACGCGUCGUAUGUGCCGAUGCUGGAGGCGAUCGCCAACUUCCGCGGCCGCCACUACUCGCUCGUGGCCCUCGAGGCGCGCCGCAUCCUCGUCGACCGCAAGAUGCCGUCGUACUCGGACCGCCUCCUCGAGAUGGAGACGCUGCUCCAAGGGAUCGUGGCCGCGCCGACGCCCGACCACGAGACGCCGGCGUUCGUGUCGCUCCUCGACCAGCCGCAGCCGAUCUUCGACUUGCUGAUUUCGCUGCUGCAUCACAAGGAGGCGCGCGUCCGCGACGUCGCGCUCAACUUGUACAUCCGCCGCAUCUACCGGUCGUACGACAUUGCCAAGAUGGAGCUUCACGACACGCCAUCGCUACUCGCGACUAAGUUUGAGUUCAAGUCGCCGGCCGACCAAACGCUCGCGAUGAAGGGGUCCAUGUCCAAGGCCGACUCGUACAACGACCUCGCGAGCUUGCUCAAGAAGGGCUCGUCGAGCACGAACCUCGUCUCGCUCACGCGCUCGGAAUCGACCGGCUCGGACUCGGACUCGUCGCUCUCCAAGUCGAUUGGCCGCUCGAUCCCGUCGACGGUGCAGCGCCACGGUCUCCUCGCCGCGUUCGAGACGCUCGGCGCCUUUGAAGCCAACGUCGACGCGCUCCUUGCGAUGGUGCCGCCGCGGAACGCGCUCGCGGGCCUCAAGGGCGGCGACUACGUCCAUGUGCUGCACGUGAUCCUCCUCACGCACGAACACGCCGAGGACGAGGCGCUCAUGGCGCUCACGCGCGCGGUGCGCAAGAUCAAGGACCAGCUGGCAUCGCGCCUCGUCCGCCGCAUCACGUUUGCGGUCAAGCCCGCGGUCAACGCGGUGCUCGAUGCGACCUCGACGUACCACCUCUACCCGGGCAUCUACACGUUCCGCCAAAACAUGAACUACGAGGAAGAUGCGAUCGUGCGCCACAUGGAAGCCCCGCUCGCGUACAUGCUCGAGCUGCCGCGUCUCGGCAACUACAACGUCGUGACCGUCGACUCGAAGGACAAGAACGUGCAUCUGUACCUCUCGACGCCCAAGAGCAGCGCGCUCGCGGCCGCCAAAGCCACGAAGAAGGACGUCUUCCAGCGCUUCUUUGUGCGCGCCGUCGUGCGUCAGCUCGAGCGCCUCGACGAGUCGCUCUCGUCGUCGUUCGAUGCGCACCCGGGCCCGGAGCGCACGCUGGUCGACGCACUCAACGCGCUCGAGCUCGCGAUGGGCGCCAACGUCGCCGACCCGUCGCUGCCGAUCAAGAACAACCACGUGUUUAUGAACGUGGCGCCGGAAGCCGUCGUCGACCCACAGUACCUCGAGGCGGUCAUUCGCAUUCUGGCGUCUCGGUACGCCGACCGCCUCGCGCAGCUCAAGGUGUCGCAGGUCGAGCUCAAGAUUGGCGCCAAGUUCAACGACAACGCGUACUCGAUUCCCGUCCGGCUCGUGGCCUCCAACCCGACCGGCUACGUGCUCCGCGUCGAGGCGUAUGUCGAGGCACAAGAGAUGCAGAACGGGUCCGAAGUCAACAUCUUCUCGAGCAUUGGCGACGACGUCGUCGGCGAACUCGACGGGCUCCCGGUCUCGACGCCGUACCCCGUCACGUACGCCUUUGACGCCAAGCGGGAAGCGGCCAAGCGCUCGAGCGACACGAUCUACGCGUACGAUUUCUUGGAGCUCAUCGAGCACGCGCUCGGCCGCGUGUGGCGCAAGUACGCGAGCGACCGUGCGAAGGCGCGGGUGCCGACCAAGAUCCCGAGCCGCCUCCUCGACGUGCGCGAGUUUGUCUUGAGUGAGAACGACGAAGCGGUCGAGCUGCUGCAGCGGCCGCGCGGUCUCAACGACGUGGGCAUGGUCGCGUGGCUGCUCACGCUUGCGACGCCCGAGGUGCCGGCGGGCCGCCAGCUCGUCUUGAUUGCCAACGACAUUACGUUCAACGCCGGGUCGUUUGGGACGCGCGAAGACAAGCUCUUCGACCUCGCCUCCAAGUACGCGCGCUCGCACGGCUUGCCGCGUCUGUACUUUGCCGCCAACUCGGGCGCCCGCAUCGGCAUGGCCGAGUCGAUCAAGGCCAAGUACCAAGUGUGCUGGAAGGACGCGUCGGACCCGAGCAAGGGCUUUGAGUACCUCUACCUCACGCCGGCCGACUACGCGUACUUUAGCAGCGUCAACGCCGUCCACGCCACCGCCAAGACGCUGCAAAGUGGCGAAGUCCGGUAUGUGAUCACCGACAUUAUCGGCGAGGAGAAGGAUCUCGGUGUCGAGAACCUCAAGGGCUCGGGCUGCAUCGCCGGCGAGUCGUCGCGCGCGUACGAAGACAUCUUUACGCUGACGUACGUGUGCGGCCGCAGCGUCGGCAUUGGCGCCUACCUCGUGCGUCUCGGCCAGCGCACGGUGCAGAACGUCGCGAGCGCGCCGAUCAUCCUCACGGGCUUCCAAGCGCUCAACAAGCUCAUGGGCAAGGACGUGUACACGUCGAACGACCAGCUCGGCGGCGUCAAGAUCAUGCACAACAACGGCGUGACGCACCUCACGAGCGCCAACCACAUCCACGGCAUCGCCAGCAUUCUGAACUGGCUCAGCUUCGUGCCCUCGGUGCGCGGCGGCCCGCUCCCGGUCCGCGACGUCGCGGGCAUCGACGUUAUCGAGCGCCCGAUCGCGUACAUGCCGACGCGCGUCGCGUACGACCCGCGCGAGCUCCUCACGGGCAAGGUCGUCGACGCGGCGUGGGUCUCGGGCUUCCUCGACAAGGACUCGUUCGUCGAGACGCUCGCGGCGUGGGCCAAGACGGUCGUCGUCGGUCGUGGUCGCCUCGGCGGGAUCCCGGUCGGUGUCGUCGUCACGGAAGUGCGCACGGUCGAGAAGGUGACGCCGGCCGACCCGGCGGCGCCGACGACGCAGGAAGCGACGGUCCAGCAGGCCGGCCAAGUCUGGUUCCCCGACUCGGCGCACAAGACGGCGACGGCGAUCCGCGAUUUCAACGGCGAAGACCUCCCGCUCUUCAUUUUGGCCAACUGGCGCGGCUUCUCGGGCGGCCAGCGUGACAUGUUUGACGAAGUGCUCAAGUUUGGCGCCGAAAUCGUCGACGGCCUCGUCCACUACAAGCAGCCCGUGUUUGUGUACAUCCCGCCGUUCGCCGAGCUCCGCGGUGGCGCGUGGGUCGUCGUCGACCCAACGAUCAACGCCGACGUCAUGGAGAUGUACGCCGACCCGCGCGGCCGCGGCGGCGUCCUCGAGCCCGCGGGCCUGAUUGAGAUCAAGUACCGCAAGCCCGCGCUCCUCGCGACCGCCCACCGCGUCGACGCGACCUUGCUGCGCCUCGACGCGGCGCUUGCGGCCGCCGACGAGAGCGCGCGCCCGGACCUCCUCCGCGACAUUCGCCUCCGCGAAGCCAAAUUGCUGCCGAUUCUGACGCAGAUCGCGACGCACUUUGGCGACCUCCAUGACACGCCGGGUCGUAUGAAGGCCAAGGAGGUCAUCCGCGACGUGGUCGCGUGGGAGAACGCGCGCGUGUACUUUUACAACCGCCUCCAGCGCCGCCUCGCCGAGUUCCGCGUGCGCCGCACGAUCCAGGCCGCGUCCAGCGCCGAGAUGGCCAGCAGCAGCUUUGCGGCCACCGAAAAGACGGUCCAAGCGUGGUUUGAAGCCCAGAACGUGGGCGCGGUCUGGUCGGACGACAAGGCCGUCGCCGCGUGGCUGGUCCGCGACCACGACUGGAUCGCCAAGAAGGUCGAGACGCUUCACCAAGAACGCAUCGCGCGCGAAGUCACGCGCCUCGGUCUCCAGGACCCGAACGCCGCCGUCGUCGGCAUCCUCCACCUCAUCUCGGAGCUGCCGGCGGCCGACCGCGAAGAAGUCAUCACGGCGCUCCGUCGCGGCUCGAUCUUUGCGCGCACUCAAAACUAAGCGUCCUCUGUGUAUGCUCGAUCUAUGCGUAUCUACAUAACUUUCAAUGUAUCAAUUUAGC